UCAUGCCUAUGAGCUCGCUGGCCGUUGUGGAAGUUGUUUAUACGGUUUUUGCAGUCUUUCGCGACCGCUUAAAUUUGCUGUACUGUAGUUGUAUUGUGGUUUGUGACUGAGUUGGUGAGGGUUAUGUUGUGAUUUUGGUGAAGUGCUAUAGUGGUCUGUGAAAGCUGAGGUUAAUAGCACAGCGUUUCUCUUUUUUGGAAUUUUAGAAUAACCCAAGUGUGUAGUGUGAAGCAGGAUAAUGCCGAAGCAAAAGUUAAGAAGUGGUGGAAUUGUUUGCAGUUAGUGAAGUGACAACUAGGUGGCAGAGAAUGCAGCAUCAAUACACGGUAUGGAUAACAUGAACCCGGCGCUGGGCGCGGGAAAAGUUAUUCGCGCGCCAUCUCUGAAGCGUGGAAAGAACGACGAAGCACGAAUCAGUGAUCGCGUGAAAUUAGAGCGGGUGCUCGGGCUAACGGUAUCCAGCAAUGCAGCACUCGACUGCGACCCAGAGACAGGAGUGGUUGCCUACCCUGCAGGAUGUACUGUCGUGCUCUUCAACCCAAAGAAAAACCGACAGAGCCAUCUUCUCAACAGUUCACGGAAGACCAUAACAUGCCUCGCGUUCUCUGCAGAUGGACGUUACUUGGUGACGGGAGAAUGUGGACACUUACCCUCAGUGAGGGUAUGGGACCUCCAGGAAGGAGGAGGGACCCAGAUUGCGGAGUUCGCGGGUCACAAAUACGGGAUCAACUGCGUCGCUUUCUCACCGGGCCACAAAUAUGUUGUGUCUGUUGGUUCCCAACAUGACAUGAUAGUGAAUGUAUGGGACUGGCGAUCAAAUGUGAAGGUUGCUUCAAACAAAGUGUCUGCCAAGGUGAAAGCAGUGUCUUUUGCUGAAAAUGGAAACUACUUUGUCACAGUUGGUAAUAGACACGUUAAAUUCUGGUACCUGGAGUAUUCACGGUCUGCUAAGUACAAAGAACCUGUGCCACUAAUGGGUCGAUCAGCUAUCUUGGGUGAACAGCGAAACAAUUAUUUCUGUGAUGUCGCCUGUGGUAGGGGUGAUAUGGGUGAUUCAACAUAUGCCAUCACAAAGUCAGGAUUGUUGUGUGAAUUUAAUAAUAGAAGACUGUUGGAUAAAUGGGUUGAGUUACGGACAACAAGUGCUAACUGUAUGACUGUUGGAGAGAUCUUUAUCUUCAUUGGCUGUGCUGAGGGAAUUGUCAGGUGUUUCAGUCCUACAACCCUCCAGUUUGUUACCACAUUACCCAGAACACAUUACCUCGGUGUGGAUGUGGCACAAGGACUAUCCAUUAGUCACAUGGCUACACAUCCAAAUAAUGCCAAAUACCCAGAUGUUAUAGCAUUAGCAUUUGAUCAGCGCAAUCUGAAGCUGACGUGUGUAUAUAAUGACCACAGCUUAUAUGUAUGGGAUGUACAAAACAUCAAACGGGUGGGCAAAUCUCACUCAUUCCUGUUCCAUUCUGCAUGUAUAUGGGGUGUUGAGAUGUUUCCUCCUGUAGAACAUGAAGGUGGCAGUGCAUUGCCAAUGAUGCCUCCAGGUUCAUUGGUCACUUGCUCAAGCGAUGAUACGAUUAGGGUGUGGAACCUAGAAUCUAACCUUCCACCAGACAAUGAUACUCUGUAUAAGAGGAACAUCUACAGUAAUGAACUGCUGAAGGUGCUGUAUGUGGAUCCUGAGCUCACUUACAUUAAAGAUUUAGAGUUGUCUGGUGCAGGUACUUCAGAAAAGACUGACAGUUCAUAUGAUGGUCGGAAUGGUGUGAGAUCAAUACGCAUCAGCCCAGAUGGCAAGCAUCUUGCCUCAGGGGACAGAGCUGGUAACAUCAGAAUCCAUGAGUUGCAAAACCUCCAAGAGCUGUGUCGGAUAGAAGCCCAUGAUGCCGAAGUACUUUGUCUUGAAUACAGUCGUCAUGAUAGUGGGCAUCGACUACUUGCUUCUGCUUCCAGGGACCGCCUUAUACAUGUCUUCAAUGUAGAUGAGGAGUAUAACUUUGUUCAAACACUGGAUGAUCAUUCAUCAUCUAUAACAGCUGUUCGAUUCCUGAGCACACAUGACCAACUGCAAAUGGUAUCAUGUGGUGCUGACAAGUCUAUCAUAUUUCGACAGCUACAAGGGACUCCUGGAGGAACACAGUACCAAUUCUCAAGAGGUCACAACAUUGCUGGUAAGACAACGCUGUAUGACAUGGAAGUGGAUUCAGGACAGAAACAUAUUUUAACUGCUUGCCAGGAUCGCAACAUUCGUGUCUACAAUGUUAGUAGCGGAAAACACAGCAAGACAUACAAGGGUUCAAUAGGUGAAGAUGGCUCCCUUAUUAAGGUUGUGCUGGAUAGCAGCGGAAUUUAUUCAGCCACAAGCUGUACAGACAAGACCUUAUGUGUGUAUGACUACUAUUCAGGUGAAUGUAUGGCAACAAUGUUCGGUCACUCAGAACUGGUAACAGGUCUGCGUUUCACUAAUGACUCUCGGCGACUGGUGUCAGCAUCUGGUGAUGGCUGUAUUUUUGUAUGGAAGGUCCCCCAUGAUAUGGUGGUCACUAUGCACGCCCGCCUAGCCCAGCAGGCAGCUCGUGCUGGAAGGAAAAUUGCGUCUCAGAUACCAAAUGGACUUCAUCUUGAUAAUGAGAACUUUGGCCCACCACCUCCAGAAUUUUUUGAUCCUAAUGCAAAUAGUGUGGAGCAGCCAGACUACAGAUUUAGUGUAGGUCAGUUACCACUGUGGGCCAAGAAGCAGAUUGCAGAUAACAGCUCCCCUCCAGCAAGUCUUAUAAACCGUCAGAUGGACCUGCCAAAAGGGCGCUGGGCCCAGAGACUGGAUGCUGGUGGCAUCACUGUGAAGUCUGUGUAUGACAGUGACAGCAUCAUUCAGAUUCCAUUAGGACAAGAAAAGAGACUGGACUCCGAUGGCUCAAAAGACAGUUCCAUUGACAGUGGUACAGAAUUGCGGCAUUAUGCAGACUUUCGUCAUGAAACUGUGACUACAUCAAAACAGGAUGGAAGGGAUAAUGCUGACUUCGUGCCUUGUCCUGAGAGUUAUCAGGAACUAACUAAUGGCCAACUAACAAAACAGGUGUCAAGCAGCAAAGUAACAUUAACAAGGGGAAAUGACAUCACAGAUCUUACACGAAAUCGUCAUCUCACUGAUGAUAGUAGCAUUGGCAGUUACAAGUAUGAGGACAUGGAAAGCACAGAGCAUGAUGGUGAUGUGGAAGACUACUCUGAAGGCGAGGGCGAAUCAACUGAACCAGAGCAGAGAGAGAGACUGAUGUAUUACCCACCUGCUGAAGAGACAGGAAGUGAUUACACUGUAAAUGCCAUGGAUGUAGAGGAACUACGGCGUUCCCAGAGGCGACUGAAGAAGAAUCAGCGACCUGAGCGUCUCACUGAUCUGCCACUUGUCUCAGUGUCAGCUUCUGUAUCUGGCAGCCAGGAAAGUGAUGAAGAUGAUGAUGAGGUGUCUACUCCAAGUGCAGAUACAGCUGAAAGGAACCUCCUCUCCUUGCUAUCUGUCAGCAGCACAGAAAGUCUGGAUCAUGUUGGUCAGAGAGAAAAGUACCUGAAGAAUACCUUCGAAUCUCUUAGUGGAGCAGAACAAGAAGCCACCAAAGAUGCAGCUGGAACCAGCAUAUCAUCGCAGUUUCUAGUGCGGUUAAGCCAGGGUGGACCAUUGUGUUCUCCAACACUUCGUAAUGUUGAAGUCAUUAAUGCUGCUAAACAGACUCGAGUCAACAGUGAAACAUCUAAGAAGCGUGAAGAAUUGCAACGCAGAAUAGAAGAAACACGUAGGAAAUUACAGAGUGUUGGUUACCGCUCAAACCUCAAGAGCAGCCAGAGCAUUACUGACUUAAGCCAUAUCCCUGAGAAAGAUGGAAGAGGCUCUCGUGGGGCCAACCAUGCACAUCGUUACACUCCUGCCGGAGCAGACAGUGUUGAAGGAACUCAAGCAGGUGAUUCAAAUGGUCUGCGUCGAGCUUGUUCAUUGAGUGACUUGUCAAAUACAACACCUCGGAAGCUCUUGCAUGCUGCUCCUGUUCAAGUUUCAGGUAAGUUGACCAGCAAGAGUGGUGCUGCUGGCAGCCGCACCCUUCCUCGACAUGGGCUCAAAGCUGGAACCACAAGCCUGAGUAACAACUCCAACAUGACAAGAAGCACUUCAAUGGGCAUGCUAAACCAGAGUGACUCAGAAAGUGAUCUCAGUUUGGCACAGCGAUCGAAUGUCUCAUCAUCAUCCAGAGUGAAUGGCUUGAUGCGACCCACUAUCAGUUCUCAGAACAAAGUGACAAGUUUAGGUGGCAGCAAGAGUAUGGUCAGCAACCAGAAUGUCAGGCGAAGAGGUCUUACUACUGCUUACUCUUCUGUGAACCUGAGUCAAGUUGGCAACAGCAAUAACAAUGAAGACUCAAGUUCGGAAGAGACAUCACCUGUCAGUGGGAAAUCUGGCACCAGACCUCGAAGCACCAGCAUUGAUCGUUCACAUACUAGUGCUCCUUCUAGUUUGCCAUCCAGUGGUACUCAGCCACAACCUCAACCCCGUCGUCCUGGAGGAUCAUCUCUUCAUGGCCGUUAUGGUAGUGAGAGAGAUCUCAGUCGCCCAGCACCACAGCGACUAACCACAGUAGGUCGUCAAGGUGGAAGCAAACCCAUUCCAGCACUGAGGCAGAACCAGUUGCUGGAACGAAGCCCACACGAGUUGCCUGUCAAAGACACUGACCAGCCUUCUGCUGUCUAUGAUAUAGUCAGUGCCCCACUUUCACAGCAGCUGUGCAGCUCAGUUGCAGACCAAUUGACACGAACUGCAGACAGUGUGGUGCAGCUAUACAAACGCCUCGCGCUAGAGGGUGACCAGACAGACCACAGGGAGAUGUUGCAUGGUUUACAGGAAGCUGUCAGUGAGGCUCAAAGAACACUCCGACACGUUGUGACAGGCGGAACUGGUGCCGUUGCUGCAGAAUCUCUUCCUGCAGCAUCAAAGUUACAGGAUAUUAUUGCUAACAGUGGCCAAGGAGAUCAAGCAAAUGUGGUAGCCAUGAUGCAGCAGUAUUCAGACAUGUUACUGACGAUGGUACAGCAGCGAAUGGGAAGCACCACAGCACCAAGCCUGCAGAAACCAAGUUAAAAUUAAUUUUGCCUUUUCUUUGAAGACUUGAGGAACUUUUUUGUAUAAUUCAAGUUUCAACUUUAUUAAUAAUGGUACAAUAACAUGUAAUAUAGAAUAGUAUGCCACUAUGCCAACAUCACAGCUGAAAUCUGUAGAUAUACAUGUUUAACUCGAGAUGCGUUUAGUCUCUAAAAAAGUGAUCAUAACAAUAUAGUAAUUACAUGUUACACAAUAAACAGUGGUGCAACAUAGCAAAGGGAACUCACAUGAAAUAAUUCAUCUGUUUUUAUAUGAGGGUUAGAGGAACUGAAUUACAAUGUUUUUCUGGUAACUGUGAUCUGUAUUACUAGUGAUUUUAGAUGCUAUUUGUAAUGCAGAACAAGACUUGAAGUAUUGAAUCACAAAGUCAGAACCCUUGGGAGAAAGGAAUAAGGCAUGUUAAGGUAGUUAAUUUUUGUAUAAAAUUAGGAAAAAUAGGCAAGGAAACUUGCUGUUGUAAGAAACUGCAAGAAUGUGUAUAUGUGUGUGAACCUGGUGCUGCUGAGAGGACUGCAGUGUUUUCUAUCAGGUCCUUACAUUGAUAAGAUUUCUGUUUGUUAGUUCAGAUCAUCCAGCUUAAGGCAGUGAUAUAUCAGAUAUGUGUACUAAUGUUGACUGUAAUAAUCUCUCGUCAUUUAAUUUCUUUUUUAUUGUUUUAUUAGAAGUUUUACAUUUCAGUAUGUUUUAAGAAUUUAUUUGAAAGUAGGUACUUCAUUAUAUGUGAGAAAACAUCAUGUCGGAAUGGGAUGGAACCAUUUUUAUCAUGCCUAUCCAUUCUGCAGUGUGUCAAAAGUGGAAGCAGUGGCAAGUUUUCAUUGUUGUUUAUUAAAUUGGCCUUCAGCUAUUCUUAAGUGUGUAGAUUGUAGCAGAACAUUCUUGUCAUCUGAUUUAAUUACCUUUGUAUUAAUAUGUACAGUUCAGAAAUCUAGUCAUUAUGAUUGUUAAUGAAUAUUGUGUAUUGUAUGAAUUGUUUUGUCAUUUCUCUGUGGGGUAUAGUAAAACUUCUAGGAAAGAUCUGUUAACCUUUUAAGGAUGAAUGUCUGAUUUAUCAAUGCCUGAGUGACUCGUUAAGUGGCCAAAUGUCCAAUAUAUUAUGUUCCAUUAUUGAGGAACCCGUUUAGCACUAUGUUGCCAGUGCUUAACCCAAACAAAGCAUAUAGUUUUCUUCAUGCUAGGCUUCAGCAGUACGUUUAUAUAAAUGUUACAUCAGGUUUAUUUUCCUUUCUAAACAACUGUUCCAGUCACUUGUAAGAAUUUAUUUAUUCUGUGAACCCACUCAGCAGAAGCAUUUUCCUGUUCUUUUCUCUUGAAAUGUUUGAAACAGUAGAAGUCCUUUCCAAACCUGAUAAUAUUUUUGGAGGAAUAAGAUAUUAAGGGAGAGUAAAGUGAUGCUUAAAAUUAUAAUUGCAUCAUAGAUUGUUACCCAUGUAUAAUUUUUCUUGUUCAUGUACAGAGCAUGGGGUACAGUUUUGCCACAACAGGAAGGAGAUGCUGCAUAACCAUAGUUCUGAAUAUCUUUGACUGAAAAGAGGAGACAUUACAUCAGUGUACAAGGAAACCUGAGGACUGUUGGAGUGAGGGACAAAAAGUAUACGCCCCUUCACAUUCCACCUGCAGAGGGAAUCAUCAAAGAAUAUGUAAAAGCUGUGAAGCCUCUGGUCCCCAAGACUGUAAUUACUCGUAUGUGUAUGGUUGACCAAGUGACAGGAUGGCAAACAGCCAUAGCUUAAUCAAAAGUAUCAGAAUAGAAUUGAAAAAAAGUUCCAUUUGUUAUGUCUUACUGUAGUAAAUUCCCAUGUGGUCUUGUGUUCUGUGGGGGAAUGUGACCCAUCUCAAAUUCAGGGAGCAGCUGAUUAGGGAUCUUGUUCUUUCCUAUGAAAAAGAAUGCUGAAGUGUGUGAUAUGCUAAGGAGUUUAUACAGAUGUGUCUUCUUGAAUUGAAACAUUGAGUGCAUUGCCUAGCCAGAGGAAAAGAGGAUUGUUGUUGGGUGUGCCAAAUGAAAACAGUUGCAAGAAGUGUAACUGCAAUCUGUGUGCUGUACCUUGCCUCAAGGUCUAGCACAUCAAACACAGUUGUGGCUGUCACUGACUCUCUGUACUGAUUGUGACUGUAUCGAGUGUGUGACAUGGUCUGCACAAUGAAACAGAGAUUUCUCCUCCAGUCCAGUGUAGUUUGGUAUGAUGAAACUGCACCAUUCUUUAAUGAAGUUCUGUAAUCCAUACAGCAUAGUAUCUUUUAAGUAUGGAUGGAUAUGUGAGUAAGUCUUGGCCAGACAUUAACAGAGGAGAAAGUCAUGUUUUUAUGCAAGUGUUUAUGUUGUAAAUUUUAUAAUUUUGCCACAAGCUUUUAAAUAACAUUAAUCUUGACUAUACGAAAUGCAUUAAAUUUGGCUGAAAAAUAAUGAUACUGUUUGAGACAUGAUGCAUUUAUUACUCUAACUUAUGGGUUCUUAAACAAACAGUAGAGAUGCAUAUUUUGUCUAGUACAAUGCAAAUACAAUAUUAAACUGUCACUUUAAAUUCCAACUGAUUGCCAAGCAGAGGUUUAAAUGCGCCAUACUUUGAAGCUAAUCUCUUGGAAUUCUGAUCACCUCAUUUUAUUUGAAUGUUGUUGUAACUUGUUCUUUUGUAUUAAAUUUGAUGCCAUAGAGGUGUGGUCUGUCAUUUCAUAUAAUACUCUGAUCCAGCUGUAGACAGUAAAAACUGAAUAUAGGAACAUGUAGUGGAGGUUACUGUUGAAGUUGUUGAAUUUAUCAGUACAGCAGGUAGAAAUGUAUCAAAAAAUUAAAGGGAGCAAAUGAAUUUGUUUUGUUGACUCUAUUUUCAGUAAUUUUGGCUAAAAACAUACCUUCUGUUUAAAUUGCUCCUUCAUCCUUUUACAAGAGGUAUGUUUGUCUUUGCUGAGGGUUUUCCUAAAACAAACAAACAAACAAUGAACACUUGCCAUUGGUUACAGACUUCUCAGACAUUCUGUAGCUCCUCAUAACAUGGUAACCUCAAAAUAGAACAGAUUGCUGUCAUCAUACUUCUUGCUGCUAUAAGCAUAAUGUGAAACAUGAGAUGAUCUUACAGUUGUUUGCUGUGGAAAUAUUGAAGUUCAGCCUUUUAUUAUUCCUUGCAUGUUACUGGGGCAGACUUCUCAUCCAGUAAGUAAAGGUAUAUGAGGAAGUUCUAAAGCUUUAGCAUAUGUGUUCAUAUAUGUUUAACUGUUAAGUGGAAAAAGAAAUCUAAAAAUGUUUUCAGUGCUCAUUGAAUCAAUUUAACAUAAACUGUGCUUUGGAUAUCUUCAUAUAGCACUAGGUUUCUGCUGUCUCUGCAAUGUCCAGUCACUGCAGAGGUGACAGACUUACUUCACCAGGGUAAAGUUUACAGUUCUGAAUGAACUGUGUGAUGCUCUCAUGUAGGGUCUAAUAGUAUUAAUGUGCUCAUUCUCUUGCUCUCCUUGGCUUUCCUAGAAACAUUUAUACUUCAUGAACUUGCUACCUGGUUGGCUCUCCUACCUGUACCUUCUGGGCACAUUUUAGUAAACACAACUUCUUGUAAAAGAAAAAAAGAGAUGUCACAACCAGUGAUGUAAAGACAUGGCUGUAGAGGGAUAUCCAGGAAAUUAAUAAUUUGUAUUUUCAGAAAGACCAGCUUUUUGUUACUGUUACUGUUACUAGAACAUAACUUUCCUUCAUUUUGUAUGGUUUGUAACCAGUGUUUUGCUGAUAUCUGAAUUCUGACCUAAUACUGUUAGGACACCUAAUCACCAUUAUUUGCAUCCAGACUGAACUCCCUGCAAGUAAUUCGUCACUUACUUUAACAAAGGCACAAGCAGUUAUGAUGUCUUUCUUAAUUUCAAUAUAUGUAGUCCCAGAUGCCAUCUAGACAGAAUGUUGAAAGCUGCUGAUAUGUAUAGAACCAAAUAGUUCAUAAAUUGAGGCAUAUCCAUUACAGUCACUUUAAAAAAUUAUGUAAACCUCAUUCUUGGGUGCAGGAACACAGUUUUGCAAUUGUGAUCUUAAGGUGAAAAUUUGGGGGGCUGAAGGUGCACAUUUAUAUAUUUCAAGUUCCUUGUGAAUUGAUACACAAAUAAUAUGACAUUAUCUUCAUUCUACAGUUAUAAAAUGAAUUACACUAUGCGUUGUCACAAUGGGUCCCUUUUGAUAUAAACACUGAUAUGCAAACAGCACAAUGAAAUAGUAAUGAAUUGGUAUGCUAAAACAACAAUCUCCAGCAUCUCACUGUAGGUGUGCUGUGGGGUAGUUUGGGAAUUAAACUUAGUUAACUGAUGUUACAUGUUUUCUGUGUGGUCUCACUUUCUUUUUAUUUUCUCAGAGAAAAAUAAUGUCUCUUGAUAAUUCUAGCACUACUUUCAUUAUUUCUUAAGAGUACUGUACUUUCAGUAGGAGUAUCAGUAUUUGAAAUCUGGAGAAAUAUUGGCUGAAGAAUUUAAAAUUCAUUGUUAUAUGUAUCAGUUUUCUAUGAAUUUAUAAGUAAAGUUAGAAUUGAAUUUCAUGAAGUGCAACAGUGUUUUUUAAUAAUGAAAUAGAGCCUUCAGAUGUUUUGGCCAAUGCUGGCCUUCACUUAAUUUUACUUAUGUAGUAUAGAGUGCAAUAUCUGAGGAUAAUGCGUAUCAUAAAUGUCACUAUGAAUUCUUUUGAAGUGAUAUGUAAAAACUCAGAAUUUUAUAAUUUUGUUUAUGUUUGUUUUCAAAUUCUCUGUAAUAUUAUUAUGUUUAUUGUUAUAUGAACCUUGCCAUAAUUUUUUAUGAAACUUAAUAUUUGUCGGAUAUACUUUUUAGUUGGUAGAAAGAUUAUAUGUAAAUAUGAGGUCAAAGUUACUGAUCUGAAAAUUCAUACAUUGUUAUCCCCACUGAUCCAUACAGAAUCCCUAGUGGCAAUUCAGUCUCUUUAUAUUUUUUGGGAGGCAGAUCAUCAAAAAAUAUCAUUUUGUACUUAAUAAUAGUGAUAAUAAGCAAAAUAAAUUGUUUUAAGUGUGUCAGUAUUA